GCCCUCAUCGAGAAGUUAUGGAGUCCUUUGUAAGUGGUCCAGAUUCUUUGUCAUGGUUCGUACCCAACCCAACCCUUGAUAGUAUUGCCGGCUACUUCUCCGACUUGGGCGACGGCGUUCACAAGGGUGACGCACAUGACCCCCGAGUCAGCAUCAUCAAGGUAGUGCCCAACGAAAUUCGCUACUGGGUUGCUACCAGUGGUGCUGUCGGUCGUGCCCUCGAGCACGCAAAGGGUGCCGUCACAGGCAAGCUGACCGCUCCUGGUGAAAUCAGAACUAUUACCGCCGACGAGCUCAAGCUUGUCUAUGGCUUGAACCAGCAACAGUCAUAA